AUGCCAUACGUUCCCAACCUGGUACCCGCAGGGCAGGCUGCGCCUUCCCAUCUGCCAUUAUCAUACGCCCCUGGGAUAAGUCACCAUUCGCGUGAACCAACAACGCCAAUACAUAGCACAAAUGAAAGAAAUCCAUACGCUGGUGGCCCUCCUGUUCCAUUGCCGCAGGGAUCACCAACCAGUUCCCUUGGCGCCUUCAAUGUUCCUUUAUGGAACCCUGCAAAUAUGAGAAACGCUUCCGGAGCACCACCGAUGCCAUUCAUGGAUCCUACUUUUUUCCAUCAGCCAGCCAUGGGCAAUUUCCCUGGUAAAUUUCCCAUGAUGCCAUUUAAUCCAAUGGCUCCUCUCCAGAGCGCCAACAUGAGCACAAUGGCGACAGGACCAGGACAACUCCCUGGCCUAUCCCAGCCACUACCUCCAAGAGCACGAUCUCCCACACCGCCAAUGAGACGACCAGCCCCGACAAAAGAGUACAUGGAACAAUCCUCCAAAUUACCGCAACGAAGUCCUCAAAAACGACCGUUGCUAAUCAUCCUCGACCUUAAUGGCACCCUGAUCUACCGCAAACAUCGCAAACUUCCACCCAACUUUGCUCGUCGUGCAGGGCUUGACCACUUCCUUGAUGUCCUGACGAGUAAUUAUGCCGUGAUGAUUUGGUCCAGCUCGAAACCACCAACUGUGAACGCCGUCUGUGAGAAACUCUUCCCUGGCGACAAGGCCAAGAACGUUGUGGCCCUGUGGGGACGUGACAAGUUUGGCCUCAGCAAAGUCCAGUACAAUGCCAAGUUACAGGUAUACAAGGAGCUCCGCAAAGUCUGGGCCAGCCCCGAGAUUCAGGCUGCAUAUCCCGGCAAUGCGGCUAUGAGGGAGGCUCCAUCACCACCCAAAAAUGGCGGCAGCAGGUUCAAAUCACAAAAUCAGAAUCGAGCCCAUCCCAGUAAUCUCCCUGCUGGCCAGCGUUGGGACCAGACAAACACCAUACUCAUUGAUGACAGCAAAUUGAAAGCUCUCAGCGAGCCUUUCAACAUCCUUGAGAUCCCUGAAUUCACCAACAACCCGGCAGUGGAUGAGAGCACGCUAUUUGCCAAUGUUCUCGCCAAGCUGGAGGUUCUCUCUCGCCACGACGAUGUGAGCAAGGUGCUCCGCCUGUGGAACGGGCGCGUCGAGCAAGGCGAAGGAAGAAUCCUCGACCUAGCCAUCGAGCCGUGCGAGGACGACACCGACAUGGACGAAGACGGCGGAAUCAGUCUCCUUCCACCCGUGCUUGCUUCAAUCCCAGCGCCCGCCGACCCCAGUGCCGAAGUGCCACCUCCAACAGAUGCAGAAGAAGCUGCACGAAUCCGCAAGGAGCGCAAGAAAUUGCGCAAGAAGGAGAAAAAGCUGCCAAACAAGCCGCCAAAGAAGCUGCUUUCUACCGUCCCCAUCCCCACAACCGAGACCUCGAGCGUGCCCGCCGGCAAACGCCGCAAUAAGGGCAAGGCCAAGCAAACACAGCCCAUUCCUGCCCCCGAUGAGCCCAAACAGUACAACUUCCACUCGCGCCCUGUUCCUGCCAGUCUGAACACGCUCCCCAACGCGGAAGACAGCACCGCGGCUUCGCAGCCGAGCCCAAUCUCGGUUGCCAUCCCAGGUCUGGCUAUGAGCAUGAUUGACACCUCGACGACCACCCCAGCGUCUGCCGGGCCGUUCCCCGAACAGCCGUAUCCCAUAAGCUUGGACCCAAUGCACCGCUCGGUGUCGCCAGCGACGUCUUCUGGUUCGAAUAACUCGCUGCUGGACCGACUGGAGGACGGACUUGGAUUCCCACGGGACAAGCAAGAGUGA